AUGUUCCCAUUUCUGAUAUAUCCUUCAUUGGUAAAAGGACAGAUUGAGCUGAAAGAGGAUGAAACUGGUAUGUUCGAAAAACCGACCUUCUACUGGGCCAAGCCUCCAGCAAAGGUUUACUAUAAAUUCAAUGUUUUCAAUGUCAAAAACGUUGAUGAAACCUUAUUUCGUGGGGAAAAGGUUCAAGUCGAAGAGAAAGGACCCUAUACCUUCAGGUAAGACACGCCUCCUUCUUGGGACGAUGUUGCAGACAACGAGAUACCAAACGAGAAAUUCAUUUCGACAAAACUAAUGUGAAUUACAAAGUCUCCAAACAAUGGGUGUUUGAAAAAGACCUGUCUUGCAAAAACUGUACUGAGAAGGAUACUGUUUUCUUGCCAAAUCUUUCUUUGGCGGUGAGUUUCUUUGCCUUAUCUCACCUCUUGUUUUAGGCAUUACGUCGUCUCCUUUUUGAGCAUUCCGAUGCUCCAAGAUUCCGACAAGUAUUGGCCGAUAUGUCAGCCCUUUUUUUGGGGAUUUAUCCUUACAGGUAACGGUCAAAGUUAUAACUUGUGGAUCCAACUUCUAGCAAGGUGAAGGUGAUGGAUACCCUUUUUUGGGGUUACACCGACUCGAUGGUCGAUUUCCUGAACAGUGAACUGAAAAGAGACAUUGAGAGGCUUAUUGGUGGACCAAUCUUGGGAUUCGAGGCACCAGAAAUAGACGUUCUCGGGUACUUUCCCCUGUACAACAACACCGAUGAUGGAGUUUAUGAUGCUUAUACUGGGUCUGAUGAGAUCAACAAUGUUGGAUUAUUGAAGAAAUGGGUUGGGAGCGAUAGUCUGGAGUGGUGGAACAGCGAUUAUGCCAACAAUCUCGACAAGACUACAGGUAAACCAUCACACAUUAGUAUACAUCUUAUGCAUACUACGGUGAUUCAAAAAAAAUGCGUGUCGUUUUUUAACUAUACUUUAUUUAACAGACCAAAUUUAACAAAAGUAACAAUCAAUAUCAGUAACAUAGAGAAUUGUUAGUAGUAUUAUGUCCAUCCAGUUUUAAAUCGGCUGCCCUGGCGGCUUCAAAAUGUGACUUAAAAUUUUGGACGAAGGCCCAAAAGAUCUUUCUGAACAUUGUAGCUGCCGUAACCCCUGUAUACGGUAAUUUUUGAAACUGAAAAUUCGUGCUGUUGUUCAGCUAGUACAACAAAUAUGCAAAACGUCAAAAGUUUCUGAGAUGGUUGUGUUUUGGAAAUGUUCUUCCUUCAAGUUGUAAAAUAAAAGACGACAAAAAUCACUUGGCUGGACCUAGCCAUUUUCAAGUCAGACCCAUGGAAAAACAUGAUUUUUUUUGAAUCACCCUGUAGAUGCGGUAAUCAGUGGGAGCUUUAUUAAAAACGACUCCUUAACCAUGUUCCAAUCCUUCCUUUGCCGACAUUUCGAGCUGUUAAGUGAUGGAGAAGGGUCGGUUGAGGGCAUAAACGUCAUCAAAUUCAAACCAGAUCCCCAAAGUUACAAUCCUCAUAAAGAACUGUAUUCAGGGUGAGGUUUUUUAUACACAAUAUGAUGUUACAUAAUACGAUUAGGUAUCAAUACAAAAAUGACGAGGACAUUGAUUUCUUCCCUGACGUAUGUCUGAAACCCGACGAGUGCGAAGUUGAAGGAUGUAGUGAUUACUGUAAACGGACUAAUCGAACAUUGCCUCCGGGCAUUCACCAGCAUGUUUGUUUCCCUGGACGUCGAAGAAGGGUCCCUUUCCUGGCCUUUGAUUCCCUUCCUCAUUUCCUCAACUCUCCCAAAAAUGUCCAGAAAUCCAUCAAGGGAUUAAAUCCAGAUCAGAAAUCACAUGAUAUUGGAAUGUUUCACAUUCAACCUGUAAGUUCAAACAAAAAAGUCAAAAGUUGCACCUUGGUUGAUAAACGAGCCCGUGAUCAAUCUCUUUUCUAGACUUGUGGCAGCACUCUCAAAGGCCAGUUCAGGAAUCAAUUCAACAUUGCCGUCAUAAAUGAUCAGAAGAUAACGUGAGCGAGCAAAAGACAUUCCUCUUUAUACGACGUUACAGUACCCUUAAACAUGCCAGAACCAGUAUUAUUCCCUGCUUCUGGCUGCAAUUGGACAUUACUUUAGAAGACUAUGCCUAUGAUUUCCUGAGAACCAACAUGGUGGUUGUCCCAAAUGUUGUGUUUUGCUUGGGGAUCAUCAGCUUUGUUUUAGGACUACUUGUCCCAAUUACAGUAGGCUUUAUUCAGAGACACAAGAGAAAAUAA